AUGGCCGCCCCUCCCCCUCAGCAUGUUGCGUCCCUCGCGCAGCUCGAACAAGUCUUCGCCGCCAACACGUACGUCGUCGUCGACUUCUUCGCCACCUGGUGCCCGCCCUGCAAGGCCAUCGCGCCCGAGUACGAGAAGCUCGCCAAGGGGCACGGCAUCCCAGGCCACUUUGCCUUUGUCAAGGUCAACGUCGAGGAGGCCGCCGACGCCGCGCAAAAGUACAAGGUCACCGCCAUGCCCACCUUUCUCUUCUUCAAGGACGGCAAGCAGGUCAUGGUCCACGGCCAGCUCCAGAUCCUCGGCGGCGACGGCAAGGCGCGGACGGCGCUGACGGCCGCCGCGACCAAGAUUGGCGGGUUGGCGGCUGCCCGCAAAGCCGAGGCCGAGGAGGCCGCGACGUGA